GGUGCUGCUUGGAAGUUGCUCUGGGGCCGCCGGGCGCGCCUUGCCCGGUCUGGGGCGCCUCCUUAAGCGGCCGGCCCCGCCCCGGCGCUGCCUGGCGGCCCGGCGGGCGGGCGCUAUGCAAAGGAGGCGAGCCCGUGACGCCGCGCGCUCCGGCGGCCGCGGCCAGUCGCAGCGCCCGCGAGCCCCAGUCAGCGAGCGCGGCAGGAGCGGCUGGCCAGGCGAGGCUAACAUGGCGCUGGGCUGGAGCGGGCGGCCGCGCGGCGGAGGGGGCGAGGCCGGGGCGGCGGCGGCGGCGGGGCUGGUGGCGCUGCUGGUGGCGCUGCUGUACCCGGCGCCCGGCAGUGCCGCCCGCGCGGGGCCCCCCCGGGUGCUGGGCAUGAGGUUGGAGAGCAGCGACCUGCCGGCGCCCAGCGCGGCCAGCUUAUCGCCCAUCCAGGUGCUGGAGGGCGCCGAGAUCAAGCUGCGCCUCUACGGGCUGGGCAUGCACGCGCGCGUCUCCGAGCUGGUCUCCUUCUCCGAGGUGGGCCCGGUUGGCAACGCCUCCUCCUCCUUCUGGGGCGAGGCCGCCAACGCCACCUGCCCCGAGAAGACGCAAGACCUGGUGGUGCAGCCGCGCGCCGAGGAGAGCCGGGACACCUCGGCCCUGGUCUCCGUCAAGGUGCAGCUCCUGCGCAAGGCGGAGAAGUCCAAGCUGUACGUCCUGUGCACGCAGAGCGGCCCCGGGCAGCCCUGGCUGCCCCUAGAGGGCCGCGACUCCUUCCUGCAGGUGGUGGAGGAGAAGAAGCACCUGCUGCCCCUCUGGUUCCAGGUGAUCCUCAUCUGCUGCCUCCUGGUCCUCUCCGGCAUGUUCAGCGGGCUCAACCUGGGCCUCAUGGCCCUGGACCCCAUGGAGUUGCGCAUCGUCCAGAACUGCGGCAGCGAGAAGGAGAAGCGCUACGCCCGCAAGAUCGAGCCCAUCCGCCGGAAGGGCAACUACUUGCUCUGCUCCCUCCUCCUGGGCAACGUGCUGGUCAACACCACGCUCACCAUCCUCCUCGACGACCUUAUUGGCUCGGGACUGGGGGCCGUUGUGGCCUCCACCACGGGAAUCGUGAUCUUUGGGGAGAUUGUCCCGCAGGCCCUCUGCUCCCGCCAUGGCUUGGCGGUGGGGGCCAACACCAUCAUGGUCACCAAGUUCUUCAUGCUGUUGACCUUUCCCCUCUCCUUCCCCGUCAGCAAGCUCCUGGACUGCGUGCUGGGUCAAGAAAUUGGCACGGUCUACAAUCGGGAGAAGCUGGUGGAGAUGCUGAAGGUGACGGAACCUUACAAUGACCUGGUGAAGGAGGAGCUGAACAUGAUCCAAGGGGCUCUGGAGCUUAGGACUAAGACCGUGGAAACUGUCAUGACCCCACUGCACGACUGUUUCAUGAUCAACAGUGAUGCCAUCUUGGAUUUCAACACCAUGUCUGAGAUCAUGGAGAGUGGCUACACUCGUAUCCCCGUCUUUGAGGAGGAGCGGUCCAACAUUGUGGAUAUACUUUACGUCAAGGACCUGGCCUUUGUAGACCCUGAUGACUGCACCACCCUCAAGACCAUCACCAAGUUCUACAACCACCCUGUCCAUUUUGUCUUCCAUGACACCAAGUUGGAUGCCAUGCUGGAGGAAUUCAAGCUGGGUAAAUCGCACCUGGCCAUUGUCCAGAAGGUGAACAAUGAAGGCGAAGGUGACCCUUUCUAUGAGGUGCUGGGCCUGGUGACACUGGAGGACGUCAUUGAGGAAAUCAUCAAGUCAGAGAUCCUGGACGAGUCAGAUAUGUACACUGACAACCGAUCCAGAAAACGAGUGAAUAACCAGAAGAACAAAAGGGACUUCUCUGCCUUUAAGGACAAUGACACAGAGUCCAAGGUGAAGAUCUCCCCGCAGCUGCUCCUAGCUGCUCACCGCUUUCUCUCUACGGAAGUGACGCAGUUCACCCCCUCCCUCAUUUCGGAAAAGAUCCUGCUCCGUCUGCUCAAGCACCGCGACGUCAUCAACGAGCUGAAGUACGACGAAGAAAACAAGAAGUGCCCCCAGCACUUCCUCUUCAACAGGAACAAGCCGGCCGACUUCUUCAUCCUCAUCCUGCAGGGCAAAGUGGAGGUGGAGGCCGGCAAGGAGAAUAUGAAAUUUGAGACCGGUCCUUUCUCCUAUUACGGAGUGAUGGCAUUGAGCCCGUUGGUCACCACAACUUUGCCUGUCGCGCCCCAGCACCAGCCUCUUAUGCCCAGAGCAUCUUUGUUUCCCAGGGUGUCAGUUUCAGAGGUGCGUUCUCCAUCUCAUUUGAGCAACCUGAAUCGGUCGGCCUCCCUCUGCUACCACGAGCGCUCCGACUCCAUCUCCUCCAACUUCAGCGGCAGCAACAACCAGCUCAACGCCAGCGCCAGCUCCCAGUACAUCUCCGACUUCAGCGUCCGCGCCCUUACGGACCUGCAGUAUAUUAAGAUCACACGCCUCCAGUAUCAAAAUGGUCUCAUGGCCUCCCGCCUCGAGAGCUGCCCCCAGUCUCCUGAGGGCGGCACCCCCAAAUUGGACACCUCCUUGUCAGAAAAGGCGGAAACCUCAGUGACGGACGAAACAACCAGCCUUUUGAACGAGAGGAACUGCCAACACCACAAAGCAAACCACAGCCCCCCAGACAACGUCGUCUGACCCCGGCCUUUGGGCAACCCAGUCUGGUUGGUUUUGCCUCAGUCCUUCCCUUCCAAAGACGAGAACUGGGGGGCGGUGGGGGGGGGGGAGAACACGCCAGUGCCCACAAGAGGAUUUUGAUUGUGUACCUACAAACCUCAGGUAGUGGCUGCAGCCAGGGAGGGAGAAUAUCCAGAUAAUUUUCUCUCUCUAAGCUCUCCCCACAUCCGCACGUGCACACACUCUUCCUUUGCAGGACAGUUUGAUCCGUCAAUGGCCGGCAGCCUGACCGCGGAAACAGCUGCCCAGCUGCUGAUGAAAAGGAUGCGGGUUCUGGAUACCAAAGGGAACUUGGUCACGGAGGGCCAAAGCCCAAACUGUGUGCUGCGAUCUGGAUGCUCCUGUGGGGGGUUGGGGAGGGGCUGGCUGCCCUGAAGAUUUCCAAAGGGAGUUUGCUCCCUGCUUGCUUUUCUACACCAGCUUUUUAUUUAAACAAACAGAAAGAGACGAAGUGGCACCACGGCCAGGCACAUUCAGAAGAGAGGAAUCCUAUUCUGGAGCACACCUGGCUCUUCUCCAGCUGAGACCACCUUGUGGAGAGUGGCACUCCCUGCCUCCAGUCCAGAGGCUGGCAGGUAGAGAGACCACACAGAAUUGGCCAGAAGGAGAGCAGGGCAGCUGCUGGGGUCCUACGAAGGCAACAGCAGCCCCUGCUGAGAGGACAAGAACCCUUUUUCUGUCUCAGGAAGUUCUGUAUCUUGCGUGUUGUCUGGGCGUCUGUUCUGUUAUUCUGUUAUAUUUUUGUUUUUUUAUCCAGCCCAUUGGGCACUGGACAGGAGACGAGUGUCUGACAAACAUCUAGGAACUAAGCAGGGUUUAAAGGUUGGUGGAACCUGCACUCUGCCCCUGCCUGCCUCCUGGGGCAGUGGGGAGAGUGUUUCUGCUUGGAGGGAGGGGAACUGUUGCUUCCUCAUUCGGGCUCUGAUCCCACUGAAGAAAGUGUGCCCCAAGGAUAAUUAGAUGAAUUGUGCCGCUUCACGAAUGCUUUCCUGGUGUGCUGUACGAAAAGCUCCCUGGAAAUCAAAAAAUGAGUGUAGCAGGGAGAAGGCAGGGCUAGAAUUUGCUUUACUCUUCUCUACUUGCAGGGAGUUUAUGUUCUCUUAGUUGUUGCUCUUGUUUGUUUUUACAUGGGGGGUUGGGGAACAUUCAGAAAUGGUAACCUCCAGAUACAGACUCAAAUGGUACUGUCCCUUCUGCUUCUCCCGUGUAGAUCAGGCCAAGAAUGAUCAGCUCUGCUAGGCUUCUAGUUUCAAGGUCUCAUGCGGAAAUCUGACAGAGCCAGUGACAGUUCCCAGUUCCUGUAUGUGGUGCCUUUUGGGACUUAACAAAGUUGGAAGUGACAAUAGCAGUUGCAGCACAGGAGCAGCCCUGAAGGGUUUCCAGAUGCAGGAGUUUUCAGCCAUAACUGAAAUAAUAAAUUGUGUUUUGCUUUGUUCCUGUAAAGCCUGAUUUCUAUCUAAAUUGAUCGUGGCACAUGUGAAAGCAGCAAAUUCAUGCAGCCACUUACUAUGGGGGAAAUGACACCACUUUGAGAUGUCCCCUCCAUUCUUCUGUAGUUACUUUGGAUAGAUUACUUUCCACUGGGUGGAAUCAGGACACAGCCACAUUGAGGAUUAAUUUUCAGUGGUCAAGAGUCUUUUCAUUAUGCCUCCCUACAGAAUUAAUCCAGCCCAGCCGUUGCUGCUGGGUCAGUUUGCCCCGAGGGGAUUUGGGUGGUGUGCAGACGUCUCUCAUUAUAGUUGUCUACUCUCCACCUUACUAAAUGGAGCUCAGGACCAUCUCCAAACAUCCUCCUCUGAUCUUUGCCCUCCAGCCCUCAGCCCCCCAAAGGUCUCCUGCCCCCCCUUGCCUUUUGUCCUUGCUGCCCCUUCAUGCCCCCUUGCCUGGCACUGUCCCCAGGGCCACCUGCCUAAUGCCACCUCUCUUACUUCCUUCAAAACCUGCCUUCUCCUUGAAGCCUUUGGACACUAACAGCAGGCCACACAGCCAUGAUCCAUUCAUCCCCAGCACCACACAUGCUGAUGGGAGUUGUAGUCCUGUGCAUCUUCUAGAGGGCACCUGGUUGGGGAAAGACUGCCCGGUAACAAAGCUUAAGCACCGGCGAUUGAAAUGCUGCACACAUUUUACCUGUGUGCACCCCACCUCCCAUUUUCCUUCCCUUCGUCUGCUUAGUGUCAAAUGAAAAAAUGUAAGCCCCUCAGGGCAGGGACCUGCCCUUUUGUAAAGCACCAAUGCACAUCAAUGGCAUUACAUAAAUACUACGGUUACUGCUAAUAGUAACAUUACAGGUACUGGCCAGUGGGUGCCCACCAUGACUGGUCUUUUCCAAGGUUCAGCUGAAUCUCUCCAGUAACCUGUGAGGAGUCCUGGGUUUGUGGCUUUUUUGUUUUUGGGAAACUUGUCCAAGGGCAGAAAUAAGCUGUGUUUGCAUGUGCCUGCUGAGGACUCUGCCCUCAUGCUCUUAAAAGGUCUGUCUUCACAUUCUGAUUGACCCUCCAGAUUCACUUCCUUUGAUCUCCACUGAAACCUGUCAGAAACUCUUUGGGCUGUCCAGUGGCAGGAGGACCAGAAGGGGGUCAGGCAUAUUUAGCUCUGCAAGAAAUGCAGGCAUUUUGAUGCUGCUGUCUCUGAUCCCACUUUUACUUUCUCUUCACCCGGGCAGGUUGUUUUGUUGCAGAGCUGAGGAGCCUGUGACCCUCGGGAUGUUGCUGGACUACAACUCCCAUCAUCCCUGACUAUUGCGGGAGCUGGCUGGGGCUGUUGGGAAGUGAAAUCUCACGGUAUUUGGAGGGCCACAGAGUUCCCCAUUCCUCUUACUAAAAGGAUGAGGCAUCUAAUCCAGGAGAAGACACCAAAUCCAGGGUAGGAGAUAAGGAACCAAGGCAGGAUGGGAGACACUGCAGCUGUAUCACAUCGCCCAAAGGUGUAAGAAGGUGCCCUUCUCCAGGCAUAGGUCAGGGAUCACUUAGCCCUUUCCAGCCACUGUCUGCUGGGACUGGGGAAGAGUUGCAGUCAGGUGGAGCUUAGAUGAUUCAGUCACUCUCGCUGUAGAGAGUCAGUGUUGCCUGUUCCCCAGAGAGUGUUCCCCUUGCAUCUCUCAGCCCAAUCUCAUGGCUUAUUCAGUGACCCUGGCGGAGUCACAGGUGCCUGCUUCUGUCAGAGUGUCUUUCACUUGAGGACUUGUGUUUCAUGAGUCACAGUGUAAAGUACAAUUAUAUAUCUGCACAAAAAGCUUAUGUGAAAAUUGAUGUAGGCAGAACGUGAACCUCUCUAAGUAGGAGUGUUUGGAUGAAAGGCAAUAUUCAUUCGCUGCAAUUUCCCAUAAACCAAAAUGGAGUUGGAGUUGGUCCUAAGCCUGUUCACUUGGAAGCAAGUCCCACUGUGUUCAGGUGGGUUUACUCCCAAGUAAGUGGGUACAGGAGUGCAAAAAGUGAUCUGAAAUUCGGUCACCAGGUUUGGCUUGGGGAGGAAGGGACCAUCGCACAGACUGUAUGAUUGUACCCAGAUGUGUUGAUGUUCUAUUAAAUGGUGUAACAGGAUUGUACUUUUAUAGCACAGCAUUGCACUUCAAACAUUGCAGUUUCUCAUAGGAAACAUGUUGGUGGGUAAAGACGCCCCAAGAGGUUUUUGUACCUGAAGUAGAAAAUACAAAUGGUGCCCGCUCCACUAAAAAUAUAGUUUUAAAAAACUGUCCUCAGUUGUUUUGCCUAGCAGAAGGCAUGUAGAUCACAAAGCUGAUGAGAGUUGUGUCCAAAACUUCUGUAGGGCACUAAGCUGGCAAAGGCUGGCAUAUAGGAACUUCGCCAAUUUCCAAGUGGCUGGGAGACUUUCUUGGCCCUCAAACCUCUUUUACAGGGCCAAAAUUGGUUUGGGAAGGUGAUGGGCUUGCAAGGACACCCAGGUUUAGAGCCAAGCAGUGUUACCAUUUCCUUAGCAAGUUCAUGGCUCUGGGCAAAGUCAUGGACUCAUAGCCCCAGUGGGACAUCCAUCAAGCAUAAAAUGAAGGGUUGCCAACAUUUUGAAUGCCAUCUGUUGAUAUGCCUUCAACAGCAGCUCAAUCUGAGCUCCAGUCAAGCUGCUGUGUAGGCACAACUGUAAGCCUGGCUGGUUCCCCUCCCAACUCUCAGUUGGCAACCCUGAGAGCACUGCAGAUCUCCAAGUGGCUUCUGGCUCAGUCAGGCCGUGGGGUGGGGGUGGGGUAAAACCCACAAGGGGGCUAUGUUCUGGUUUAGCUUUCUGGCCUCCUGUGGGAUGACAACCUGUCUAGUAUUCUAAGGGCAGCGUGGAAGGUUCGGCAGAAGGAAAGUUAUCGAGUGUUGGAGUGGUGAAGUCAAAAAGUUCCAACAAGCAGAACACUAGCACAUCAGGCGGAAAAGCAGGGAGAGGGCUGGGUUACAUCUUUCUUCCCUGCCGAGCUAGUUCUCUGAUUGCAGGGAUUUGUUUAUUUUUAAUAAGAAAAAACUGUGACCACCCAUCUCAUGAUUAUUCUCCUGCAUGGCCAGCCCAGUAUUUCUUCAUUCUCUUCCUGCAUUUUCCUAAGCACAAUUGACUUUGAAAUGUUGGGUUAGGCUAGCAAUACUUGAUUCUGGAACUGUAACUGGGGCGAGGGGAGUAGUUCCUUCAUUUGCUUUGUGACUGGUUUUUUAAAACUGCAGGGUCCCUUUUCCUGCCUCCAGGGCUAUUUCCAACGGAUGUCUGUGCUUCUAAGCAGCUUUAAUUAGACUGUAUAUGUGUCUCAUUUGAAUGUAGCUUUUUGUCUGAGUUUUAAAAUUUUGUUUCGUGUGGGGGGAUUGUUGCGGUUUUUAUUUCCCUUUUUAAAAAAUAUUGUUAUUGUUAUUAUUAUUCCUAAGGAAAGCACAAUGGUUUUUCAACAUUUGCCCCUUUGUGGGUGACAUGAUGUAAUUUAUUGUCUUUUUUCUGAUUUUAAAAUACAAACACUAAACCUAAGAUCCUAGCUCCCAUGAGGGAGACAAGCUUUUAAAAAGAUUAUUAUUAUUAUGUAAUAAAUAUUACCAAAUCAAAGUGUG